AUGACCAUCGAAUCCCUAUGGUCGCCCCGUACCCCGGCCCCUAGGCCUUAUACUCACAAUGUUGCUGCUCCCUUCCCUCAGCCGUACCUUGCUGGUUUUCCUUUCCACGGUUACGCUAUGCAGCCUCAUAACGUGGCCAUCCCGCAACCCCAAGGGUCUUAUCAAAAUCUAGGUCAACCAACAUACGACGUCAACCAGGCCUUGCACCAUGCCCCAACUCUCUCUUAUUCGGUGGAGGCUCCACGUAUGCCCCACCCACAACCGGACCAGCGUGCUCGCAACCCCGAUGUAAGGAUAACAACCGCUCAUACGUCAGGACGCAACAAACCGCUGAACGAUAACUUGCGGUUAACCCCCAUACCCCUUGGUUUCAAAGGCCCAUCCAACAUUUCCACAAAUAUUGGCGACACAGACCCUGUAAGAACCAAGUCGAAGAAAGCAGGAAGAGCCCCAAGGUGCAGUCGCCCUUCAAAACGUGGUUCAUCAGGGCGCCAGUCACACAGUGUCCUGCAAACGGAGUACAAAGAAGAGCCCAAGAGCAACCAACGAACCCAGCAGCCAACCAGAGAAGUCACCGCGUAUUGCAAGUUCCACCGUAGCAACGACCACAGUACUGAGGAGUGUAGACACCUCAAAGAUGAGAUUGAUGAGCUCAUCAAGGGUGAUGCUCAAAGGCGUGGCCUGAGUCUGCACACCAAACAUGUACAGGAAGGCGACACCGCGAACGUAGCAGGUCGCCAGAACGAAGAAAAAACAACCAACCUGGCUAUCAACCUCGUCGCGAGCGAGGUCAUAAAGAAGGCUCCCCACGAGACCGCAGAAUGUCCGGUAGCCAAAGCAAUGGAGGGAGGAGGGAAGGAGAUGACAAAGAUUCAGCAGUCAUCAGGCACAGAUGAACUUUCAGGUUUCAACGCAACUACCACUAAGCCCCUAGGAAUGAUAAACCUGCGUUUAUCUUUGGGGACGCCUCCCACAUCAAGGUCAUCCGACAUCCAACUCUUGGUGCUUGACACCCAAUCAGCUUACAACGUUAUCCUCGGCAGAAGGAUGCUCGCCGCGUUUGAAGCAAGCAUAUCACACCCGCGCCUGGCAAUGAAGUUCCUGGUGAGGGACAACAAGAUCGCGACGGUAAAAGGCGACCAGACGGUAGCUAGGAGUUGCUACAACAUAUCUCUGAGACCAGCACCUAAGGUCACCUUCAAAGACCAACCAGCGCUGCAGGGGACGACAUCUCAGGUAACGGAAGAAAUUACUAGUAAAAAUAAAAAAGAGCCUGAUCAAUGUUUUCUUGUAGAAUUCGACGCUAGGGACGACCCUCGAGCAGAGCAUUCCAGGCCCACGCCUGAUGGAGAGUUAGAACAUGUCAUUUUGGGUGACGCCGAACACCAGACGACUACUAUUGGAGCAACUACUGAUCUGGAAAUGAAGAAGAAGUUGAUCGAACUACUACGAAGCAACAGAGACCUCUUCGCCUGGAAACCAUCUGACAUGCCAGGUAUAGAUCACGAAGUAUGUUGCCAUCGACUGUCUAUGGACCCCAGAGCAAAGCCCGUUGCGCAGAAAAAGAGGAAGUUUAGCCCGGAUCGCCAGAGGGUAAUCGACGAGGAAGUAGAAAGGCUCCAUGACGCUGGCUUCAAAAAAAAAGUCAAAUAUACAACCUGGCUCUCCAACCCAGUGUUGGUCAAAAAGACCAGCGGGGCGUGGAGGAUGUGCGUCGAUUACACUGACCUGAACAAAGUGUGCCCCAAGGAUGCUUAUCCCUUUCCAAGCAUUGACCAGCUGGUGGAUAACGCGUCCGGGUUCAAGAUACUCUCAUUCAUGGACGCCUACUCUGGUUACAAUCAAAUUCCAUUACUUGAAGAAGAUCAAAUCAAGACGGCGUUCAUCACCCAGAACGCCAAUUACUGUUACACUAUGAUGCCUUUUGGCCUGAAGAAUGCGGGCGCCACGUACCAACGAAUGAUGAAUGAAAUGUUCAAAGACUUGAUCGGCGACAGCGUGGAAGUCUACAUUGACGAUAUGAUCGCCAAGUCGCAAACACCGGAACAGAACUUGAUGCAUCUUCAGGGCGUGUUCGAUAGGCUGACAAAGUACAACAUGCGGCUCAAUCCGAAUAAGUGCGCUUUCGGCGUCCCGACGGGCAAGUUUCUAGGCUUCAUGCUAACCGAGAAAAGCAUAGAAGUCAACCCUGAUAAGUGCAAAGCGGUCAUCGAAAUGCGAAGCCCGCAAAUAGUCAAGGAGGUUCUGCAGUUAACUGGAAGACUGGUAGCCCUAACGCGUUUCUUGGCGAACUCCGCGCACAAAUCACUCCCCCUGUACGGAGGCCAUCAGUGCGUUAGAGAGCCAAAGGGGGAAGGUCAAAAGCCGGUCUACUUCAUCGGCAAGGUGCUGCAGAGGGCUGAGCUGCGAUAUCAACAAGUUGAGAAAGUCACCCUCACACUUAUUUUUGUGGCACGAAGACUGAGGCCAUACUUCCAGUGCCACCCCAUCGUUGUCAGAACCAAUCAACCCAUCCGUCAAGCUUUGCACAAGCGAGACCUCGCAGGACGAAUGAUGUCUUGGGCGAUCGAGCUCUCAGAAUACCAGAUCAGCUAUGAGCCAAGAACCGCCAUCAAAGCUCAAGCCCUCAUAGAUUUCAUUGCUGAGAUGACACAAAACCCUAUAGCCAAUGCCCAAACCACUGAGACGCCAAACACGGCGAUAUGGAAACUAUACGUUGACGGCUCAUCAAACGUCAAAGGCUCGGGUGCAGGUAUGAUAGUUGAAAAUCCAAACGGUGUUGCUGUUGAACACUCCUUGUCUUUCAAAUUCAAUGCCACAAACAACCAGGCAGAAUAUGAGGCCAUGAUUGCGGGCCUAGUUCAAGCAAAGGAAAUGUGCGCCAGACGCCUCAAAGUCUUUAGUGAUUCCCAGCUGGUAACGUUUCAGAUUUCUGGCGAGUACCAAACCAAAAGACCGCUAAUGUGCAGGUACUUAGAGAAGGUCAAAGAGUUAAUCCAAAGAUUCGAAAGCGUCGAGGUGGAACAUAUCAGGCGUGCCAAAAACACAAGUGCAGAUAUUCUCGCCAAGCUGGCAAGCACCAAAAGCCCAGGUAACAAUCGUUCUGUAAUCCAACACAAUAUGCCUAACCCUUGCAUAGUCAUGAGCAUUUCAGGAUCAAACCCUGAGGUUGUCGAAGAGACCUGGAUCACGCCCAUUAUCAACUACUUAGCCGAAGGCAUCCUACCUCCCGACCAAAAAGAAGCUAGAAAAAUCGUAAGAAGAAGUGCACAUUUCUGCAUGGUACACGGGCCAUUGUACAAGCGAGGACUCUCAACCCCACUCCUGAAAUGUCUGAACCCCAGCGAUGUUCAGUUCUUGUUAGAGGAAAUACAUGAAGGGAUCAAUGGCCAUCACAUGGGCGGUCACUCACUAGCAAAGAAGGAGAUGAGAGCUAGAUUUUAUUGGCCAACCAUGGAGCGUGACGUCCACGAGCAUGUCAAAAAAUGUGAAAAAUUCCAGAGGUUUGCCGACGUACACAAAGCCCCACCUGAAGAAUUGAAGUCAAUCACAUCACCGUGGCCUUUCUACAAGUGGGGGAUUGACAUUCUGGGUCCCUUUCCUAUAGCGGCCGGCCGAGUGCAAUGGUUAAUUGUCGCCAUUGACUACUUUACCAAGUGGGUAGAGGCAGAACCCUUGGCCACAAUUACAUCUCAAAGGGCAAGGAAAUUCUUUUGGAGGAGCAUUGUAUACCGUUUCAGUAUUCCAGCAUAA